UGAUAUCUAACUUAAACGGUGUACAUACUUCAACGGUGUGCAUAUAGACAUUAUCGUUUGUUAGGUCAGAUACGUUCAGUUUAAACAUGUUGAAAAGUGGGUGGAGCUUUACUCUACUUUCGAUUUUAAAUGAGAGAAAUUCGACGAUGAAUCCAAAGGAGAACAAUUGCGAUUCCUGUUUAAAAGAGGACAUUAAAGUCAAUUCUAUUGUCUACUGCUAUGAUUGUUCAGAAAAGCAAUUGUACAUAUUAGUCGUAUAGAUAAAUGGCAACAGCAAAUAAAGUUUUUGUUCGUGAGGAUUACUUUUAUUGUAGCAUAUGUUUGGAGAUAUUUAACACACCCAGGACAUUACCAUGUUUACAUACAUUCUGUCAUUCAUGUUUAGAGGGAUAUAUCCAAAAGAUUCUAGAUAAACCUGGCAAGCAGAAGUUGUUUUGUCCUGUUUAUAGGGCAGAUACGAAAACCGAUAACCUUCAGUUUAAACAUGUUGAAAAGUGGGUGGAGAAUUUACCAAUAAACUUUACUCUACUUUCGAUUUUAAAUGAGAGAAAUUCGACGAUGAAUCCAAAGGAGAACAAUUGCGAUCCCUGUUUAAGAGAGGAAAUUAAAGUCAAGGCUAUUGUUUACUGCUAUGAUUGUUCAGAAAAGUUGUGCGAAGAAUGUAAAAGACACCAUAAGAAAAGUAAACUAUCAUCCAAUCAUAAAUUGAUUGACGCUUCAGAGGUAUGUGGUGACUUUGAUCUAACAGAAUUGGACUAUUUCGCAAACCUUUCAAAAUGUCCAAAACAUGGUUCUGCGUAUGUGAAGUACCUCUGCAAAGAUCAUGAUCAACUCUGUUGUAGUGAAUGUGCAAUAGUUACACACAGGAAGUGUGAAGAGUUGGUCUCGCUUGCUGAUGAAGUGAAUGGCAACGAAGAAGAAAAUGGUGAAUCUGACAUACAAAAGAGACUUGAGGUUGUGGGUGAUCACACAUACAAAUUGAUUGACUACGAGAAAAAGUUCAUCUCAGAUCUGAACGCAAAAGAAACCGAAGUCAAGAGCUGUCUGAAGGAUUUUAAAGCAAACUUAGACGACGCCUACAACAAACUUGAGAAGAGAAUUCUGUCAGAAAUGUCAACAAGAAAAUUGGCAUUAACAAAAGCCAGUUCUUUACAGAAAGAGUCAGCAGAAAGGCUGAAAGAUGAUAUUAGGCAAUCUGUUGAAAAGAUGAAGAAAGCAUCCGAGUUGGGAACAGCGAGGCACAUUUUCCUGCUUGAAAGAGAAAUGGCGAAAGAUAUCAAAGUGUUUGAGGAAACAUUUACAGGACUUCAACUACAAACAAGCAAAUCUUUACUAACCAUAGCUGAGACUAGUCCACUACAAGAAGCUGUUAAAACUGUUCAUGACCUCUUCAAAGUAGAAGAAAUGAUAACAGAAUCACUCCCAUUUUUGAUGGCGAGAGCGAGAGAUUUCAAAGAUAGAAAAAUGACUUUAAUGAAAGAAUUUGACCUACAAACGCAGCCCCGAUAUUGUCUAUGGAUGGAAAAUUCUAUCGUAGUAGCUUUUUAUUGUAGUGAGACAAUAUUCGCAUAUAAUUCUGAAUAUGGUUCAGUUUUUAGUUUUAUCAUUUUUCAAAUGUUCUUCUUUACCGUCGAGUUUAGCAUCUUUAGAAAACGGUGAAUUUGCUGUUGCAUUGCCAGUGUUGAACAAAAUUGAUAUACUGAAGAUUCACGAGAAUCAGAUGUCCUACGUUAGACUGUUGGUGAAUUCGAAGUCAGACAUGAUCGCAUACAACAGAUGGAAUAACAAUUGCUGGCAAUGUCAAGAUCGGAAGGCGCGAUAAGAAAAUUUACUCUUGAAGGUAGAAAUGCUGGCGAAAUUAAGAUGAGCAGUAUAAGUAGUAAUGACAUAGGGAACACCUAUAACAUUUACUUUGAUAACGAAUACAAUCGCAUUUAUAUUUCAUUACAUGGUUCUUGCCGACUACUUUGCGUUGAUCCAUCCGGAAAAUUGGUGUUUCAGAAUGAAAUUCAAUAUCCAUGGUCUGUUAUAACAGACACUCAAGGGAAUGCGUAUGUUGCAAGUUACUCUAGUAAUUGUAUCCAACAAUUUAGUCGUAAGGGACAAUUGCUGAAGGAGAUUGUCUCAGCGGAUAGUGUCAGAUGUCCGAUGGCUACGUCAUUCAAUAACCAAAUGAACAGAAUGGUUAUAACGUGUGAUAGUUCACCAAAAACAAUGCAGAUAUAUCAGUUUGAAUAGAACUUGAUGUUGUGAACCUUGUUUAACAGGAGUAAAUUGGUAUCAGAGCUAGUAUCUGCUAGUAGGACUGUUCACCAAACUUGUUUAUGAUGAAUACGAAUAUAUGUAAUGUUCAAACUUAUACCCCACAUGUAAGCAUUAAACAUUGUCAAGGUCGUACAAGACGAUUUUUUAAGUUAAUGGAAAGAUUAAGACUAGCGACAAAUUCUGUCACAUCAGUUGCAUUGCAAUGACUGUACUAGGGAACCACUAUUCCAAGUUUAACUGUCCUUAGGUCAGCUAUAGUAGACAAAAUGAACUGACAGUAGUCCCUGUGAUUCUUUGCUGAUCUGAAAGUUAUUUUAAUGCAUAUUCCAUUUACUGAUUUGUAUUAAUUUGUGGCUUGCAGAAAAGUAGUUGGAAUUGAAAGACUUCAACAAGACAGACUUUCUUAACAAUCACUUCUUAUUGACUAAAAGCUUAAACGAUGACAUGACGAAAUUAUUGAAGUGAACUUGUCGCUUGCAUGAUCAUUCUUGCUGAGUUGAAGAUUUUAUUUACCUAUGCUUUUUAAUAGUUUGGUAUGUAUAGCAAUAAAUGUAUAUCCUAAAUAAGUGACUCCAUGCUGCACCUUAAAGUAAUAUUUUGUCAUAUGAACAUAUAUCAAUUGAAGACAGUAAACAGUUCAACGUAUUUUCAUUGACUUUAUUAUAAUCCGAAAUCCUUCC